AUGCGGGGCGUCAACGCGGCCUUCGUAAUCACCGGCAUCCUCUACUUUUCCGUCGCGAUCAGCGGCUUUGCGGCGCUCGGCCACGACACGGGGUCCAACAUCAUCCUGUCGCUUAGUAACGGCCCCAUGUGGGUGCGCAACAUGGCGAGGAUCUUCGUCGUCAUUCAUGUGCUGGCGGCCUAUCAGCGUAUUGGUGUUUUUGUUGUCAUCCUCGUGCUGGCCGCCUACCAGGUGUACUCCCACCCCGUGUUUGACUGGAUCGAGACAUUCUUUGGCACCAAGAGGGGCUGCACCGCAUUCUCCUACGGCAGCUGGGCGUCCCGCCUGGUCCUGCGGACGAUCUACGUCGGCCUCGUCACCCUGGUGGCCAUCCUCAUCCCCUUCUUCACUGAUCUGAUGGCGCUCAUCGGCGCCGUGGCCAUAACCCCCACCACCUUCCUGCUGCCCCCGCUGCUCUGGCUCUACGUGCGGAAGCCGCGCCGCUUCGGCUUCGAGUGGAGCAUCAACGUGCUGCUCGUCAUUGUGACCGGCAUCUGCGGCGUCCUGGGCGCGGUCAGCGGCAUGUGGCUGAUCGUCACCCAUGCCAGCCAAUUCCGCCUGCUGCACAACUGA